AUGGAUUCCAGAUUUGCUUCUUUGAUUCUCUUCCUUCAUCUGUUGUUUCUGCUGGCCAGCGGAGUUGCCGGGGUACAGGACAAUCAAUUCUGGAUAUAUGACAAGAAAGGCGAUGCACUGGACAAUCAAUUUUGGAUAUAUGACAAGAAAAAUGAUCAUUUGGAUAAACAGGCAUCCGCGUAUGUUACGAAAGAUGUUGUGGAUAAACAACUUGCUCCAUUUGACAAGAAAGAUGACAGCACAAUUGGCAAUCAAUUGAGGGCUAUAGAUAAGAAAAUUGAUGCAGUGGAUAAUCAGGCGUGGAUCUAUGACGGAAAAAGCGGUGGAGUCGACAAGCAGCUGUGGAUCUACGAUGGGACAAAUGAUGCAGUAGAUAAUCAGGCAUGGAUCUAUGAUAGGAGAUAUGAUGGAGUGGCCAAACAGGAGGUGUGGAUCUAUGACGGGAAAAAUGAUGCAGUUGGUAAUCAGGAGAUAUAUGAUAAACAUAAUGGUGAUAAUCAGGAGAUACACAAUGGAAUAAAUGAUGCAAUGGACUAUGACAGAAAAAAUAAUGCAGUUGGUAAUCAAGCAUGGAUAUAUGAUAAGCAUAAUGGUGGCAAUCAGGACAUAACAGGGACAGGACAUACAUCAUCCCACCUAUAUCAUACGGAUCCAACAGGACACACAUCAUCCCACUUAGAUCAUAUGGAUCCAACACUCUUAGGUUUCUUCAGAUUGGAGGAUUUAAAGGUAGGAAAAACAAUGUUCACCAAAUUCCCCGAAACAGAUCCCUUGUCAUCUCUUGUAUUGCUGCCCAAAGCAAAAGCAGACAAAAUUCCUUUUUCCUCAAUGGAAUUCCCAAAACUUCUUCAAUUCUUUCCCUUCUCUCAAGAAUCUCCCCAGGCCAAAGCCAUGGAAGAUACGCUAAGAAAAUAUGAAGCUAAGCCCAUCAAAGGAGAGAAGAAAUUUUGUUCUACAUCCUUUGAGUCCAUGCUUAAUUUUGCCAGAGGGACACUUGGGUUGCAAAAAAAUGUCAGUAUUCUGUCAACAGUUCACCUCACGAGAUCAGUUGCCGGACUACAAAAGUACACAAUAAUUAAAGUUCCUGUACGAAUUUCAGCACCGAAGAUGGUGGCAUGUCAUACCAUGCCUUACCCUUAUACAGUUUUCUAUUGUCACUCUCAAGAAAGUGAGAGUCGCGUGUAUAAAGUUUCCCUGAAUGGUGAAAAUGGUGACAGGGUUGAAGCUAUUGCUGUUUGUCACAUGGAUACCUCUCAUUGGAGCCCUGAUCACAUCUCCUUCCGUGUGCUUGGAAUUGAACGAGGAACUUCCCCUGUUUGUCAUUUCUUUGCUGCAAAUCACCUUGUGUUGGUUCCAUCUACUUCAGUUUAG